AUGGAAGUGAUCGGCCUAAGGAGGACCCAGUCCCUGAGGAGCCUCUCCUGGGUUCAGGAAAGGUCAUGGGGCACGCCAGGUCCCACACACUGGGACAGAAAGUCUGUGUCUCAGCUGGUGCAACAUUACCAAAGCUGUGGCGACUUAAGGAGUGUGGAAAAAGAGGAGCAUAAAUUCCAGACAUCAGACAGACUUUCAGAAGAAGGAUGGAGAGGACCCGAGGGCAGAGAAAAGGCGUUCUUAGGGGGAUUUUCAAGAGCCUUAAGCCUGUCAAGAAGUCACUCCAUGGACUACCUCCCUCAGAAGGAGACCUCGGCAACCAGGACUCUGUGUGCACUGUUCGAGUCCAAGUGCAAGCAGCAGAAGCUCAGCAGCGGCGCCCUGCUCAGCUCAUCACCAGCGUCUGCAAGCAAUGCAAAGAGAGGAAGAGACUGCCCUCUGCAGGACGGGAGAAGUCAUGACACCAGCUCUCAGAGGGUGACCCAGGCGGAGGGGGGAAGGACCUCGAAUGGACUCCCUGCGUCUUCCAACAGACUUUCCAGAUACUCAUAUGGAGUGACACUGGCGCUGACGGUUGUGACUGUGACGCGCACCGUGGCCCUGUGA